AUGGAAUACAUUAUCGCGGAAACGCUCUUUUGGGCGAGCACCGCCUGGACUGUCGUAACCCUACCAUACUAUUGUGUGGUGCUAUAUCUCCUCAUCGUCUACCGUAAUCAAUCGGACUUCCAUUCCACCUUUUUUCGAAUGUGCACGCUGAAUGGAUUGAUUGACGUGCUGUCGAUUGUCAACAGUUAUCUGGGUGCCGUUUUUCCGGCCAAUAAUAUCUGGCUGGAAUUUUACCUCGGAACGGGGCCAAUUUCCGGGCGCAUCUAUUUGAUGAUAGCUUGGGGAACGAGAUUUUGGCAAGGCUUCACGGUCAUGCUCCUCGCGCUAAAUCGAGCUACAGCCACCGUAAGCCCUGGCUCGUAUACCAAAGCCUGGUCAAUGCGACAUCGUUAUGAAAUCUAUUUUGUUCAAUUCAUGCCUGGUUGUCUCAUAGCGGCAGCUUUGUGCUUCGGCGACUUUGAGUGGGACCUUAGGGCUGGCGGGUAUUACAUCGAAUUUCUGGACCCAGUCUUUCGCAUAAAUUUCUUCACCAUGGCGUUUAUCGGAGAUUUUAUUGUUGUUAUAAUUAUCCUUAUAAGCUAUGUUAUCAUGAUCGUUGCAUUUCGAAGAAAAUAUAAUUUGAAUACGGAAGUGCCUACAGGCAGACGGGCGAACCCAUUCCUGGCUGGUUUCUCAAAACGUAAGGCCCGCCACGAGCGAGGACUCGUUUUCUUGGCCCUAUCCGUCUGUUCACUGGAAUAUAUGUACUUCGGAUUUAUCGUUUAUGCCUUUGGCAUCAACACUAACAUGGAAACGAGCUUGUUUUUCCUAUUUUAUACGAGCGUCCAGAAUAUUUAUUCCUGUGCUCCGCCCUACCUCUUGUUGCUCUUCUCGCAUAGCUUUAAGCGGGUGGCCAAGCAGGCUUUAUGUUCUGAGAAUAAGCAGCAGAUUACGAGGACGACAUCGCCUGGGCCACAAAGGAAUGGGAAACCCACGAGUCCUACUGUUAGGAUAUUUGUUUCACAAUUUUCGCAGAGA